GGCAUUAAAUAUGUGAAGAGUCUUGCAGAGAAUAAAACAUCGUUAGGAAAAGGUCGAGCUUUUAUCAGGUUCUGUCUGGUUCAUCAGAGAUUAGCAGAUACAUUGCAACAGUGUGUUGUUCAUGAUAAAACUAUGGCCUGGUUUCUCCCCAGUAGUAUUAUGAUGAAUAAGAGAGAAUGUCAGGGUCUCAUAAAUUCAUUAUAUGAUCUCAAUUCUAUGCACUUUGACCUUUCACCUCGGGGAUAUGAUUUAGAUGCAGCUUGGCCUUCAUUUGCAAAUCGCAAAACAGUUGGCAGCGGAUCAUGGAACGUUCCACUUAGUCGCAGGUCAAGUAUUACUAGCAUGGACACAGUGAGUCAGAUUAGCAUGUCAUUUGAUAGUGCUGAAGUUGAAAAACAAGCUAAAGAACUCGAGGCGGCUCAAAGUGUAAAAAGUGAACUCAUUGGUCAGAUUGGAGCUUUGCAGCAGGAAAAGGAGCAGGUUAGCCAAUCAGCAUGGACUUUACAAGGAGAGUUACAAGCCUUGCAACAACAGUUGUCUCUGCUCCAAUCCCAGCAUGCUGUGUUACAGGAGAGAUAUAUGCAGCUAGAUGUAGAACAUGUUAAGUUGAAGCUAGAGAAAGAUCAACUGGAACAGGCACACAACAAUCAGUUGAAAGAUUUGAAUGAAAGAUUCAGAGAGGAGGAAGUCAAGAGAGUAUCACAGCUGGAGUCAGAGGAAGAUAUUUGGAAGAAAGAGGUCAAGGCUGAGGGAAAAAGGAGGAAGAGAGAGAUAGACAGGCUCCAGAAAGAGCUGGAGGUAGUGAUGAAGGACAUGGAGGAUGGGAAGAUCCUGAGGAGAGAGGAAGAAAAGAGGGUGCAAGAAUUGAUGACAAUUUUAAAUAUGGAGAUGAGCUCAAUGCCUUCUGAGAGUAUAGAAAAUUGUCUCAUUCAUGUUGUGGAGCAAGUGAAACAACUCCAGCUAAAACUGCAGGAUUCUCAAUCUGAUAGAUUUUCUUUACAGACUUUACAGCAAGAAAAGGUGGAAGAAAAAGAGAAACGUUUGGCUUAUUUAGAGAGUUAUUGUUUAAGUUUGGAACAGCAGCAUGAAGCAUUCCAGUCAACCCAAAAUACCCUACAAAACCAACUGUGUUCAUCGGAGGAAGAGCUGAGUAAAGAAAAACUGGCCAGCGGUCAGUUGAAGGAAAAUGUUGUCACUCUGGAGCUGAAAUUGGCUGAGAAAGAGAACGACAUUGAAAGAUUACGUCAAGAUAAGGACAAGGUGGAAAGCGUGUUAGAAAAUGUUGAAAAAAAUAAGGAAAACUUAAGUGAAGAGUGCAGUAGACUGAAAGAAAGUUUAGACACUCUACAGGACCAGAAUAAUGCUCUGAAUUCACAAUGUCAAGGUCAUGUUGUUGACAUGGAAAAUUUGGUGAAAAAUCUGGAAGAAAAAGACAAAAAAUUGAGUGAGAUGGAUAACCUUCUAGUAGAAGCUAGAACCCAGUUGGAGCAGUUUAGAAAUAAUUCAUCAGAUAUUCAGCAAGUAUUAUCUUCAAAAGAAGAAGAGCUGGCAGCUUUAAAACAAAAUCAGGCAUCAGAGUGUAAGACCAUGUUGGAAAAAUUGAAUUCAGUUGAAGAGUUACUGAAAGAUAAGUCUAAAGAACUCUGUGAGUGUAUUGCGGAGAGGGAGAAGGUUCUAGCAGAGAGUGUGGCUAGCUCACAACUUGCUGCCUCCUCCAACACUGAACUUGAGAGGCUGAGAAAUUUACUCACUGAGGCCGAGGGUAAAGUUACAAUGUUAGACACAGAAGUGGGUAAACUGAAAGAGGAAGUGGGGGCAAAAAGUGUAACAAUUGAUAUAAACAAGACUCAGAUUGAUAUUGUUCAAACAGAACUGGCCAGUGUCUAUGAAAAUCUCAGCUCCAUGCAGUCACAGAAUAAACUGAUGGAUACGAAGUUGAAGGAGGUGAAUUCAGAAAAGGAACAGUUGAAAGUGGAUCUGAUGAGCUAUAAAACUGAGAUUGAAAAUCUAAAGCGGGAGAUUUCUGGGGAGAAAAAAAGUAUGAUGCGACUGGUGACAGAGUCAGAAGGGAUGAAGAGGUCGGAGGGGGAAAAGGAUGAAAAAAUACUCAGCCUCGUUGUGGAGAUUGAGCAGCUUAAAAGGCAACACGAGGAACAGGAUUUCAUUUUACAAAACAAAAUUGCUGAAUUUGAACAAGAAAUUGUUGAGAAAGGUGAAGAGAUUGCAAGUCUGAAUCUGGAAAGGGAGAGAAUUAGCCAUGAACUUGAGAAAGAGAAAAUAGUUCAGAAGGAGAUGGUAAAGCAACAUGAAUGUGCAAUAGAAGAGGUGAGUCAUGGGGCCAGUGAUACAGGAAAAAUCCUGAGAGAGACGAUUUCAAAGCUUCAGCAUGAAUUAGAUGAUACUAAAAGACAACAUGACGAAGAAGUAAUGGCAUUCACAGACAGAAUUGGACAUCUUGAGCAUCAGUUGUCAGAAAAAGAAAAACUGUUAGCUUCUAAAUGUUUAGAUUAUGAAAGGAUAAUUGAAGAACUGAAAAAAGAUAACGCAGAGCUUGAAUCAUCUACAUUGGAUAAUUCUGAAUCCAUAAAUAAAUUAAGCUCUGAAGUGUCAGCUCUAGCUGAGGAGAGAGAUCAUCUUCUCAUGCAGACCGAUGCUGCACUGGAAGACGCCCAGCAGAUCAAAUCCCAGCUGACAGAGACCUCAGAGCAGCUGGCUCUGUCGUAUGCACAGCUAGAAAACAUGACAACAGAGAAGAAUGAACUUGCCAGCAGAUGUCAAGCCAUGGUGGAGGAGCUGUCCAAGCUAGAGACAGACAAGGACCAGCUGCAUCGGGAGGUUGAGGGUUAUAAAGCUGCGCUGAAGGCUGCGGAGGAUGAGAGUCAGGAGAAGCUCUCCCAGAAGCGGGAGGUUGAGCUGAAGCUGGAGGAGCUGCAGGCCGAGAAGUCUGAGCUGGUUACCCAGCUGGAGGGCUACCAAUCCCAGUCUGACUUCAGCACCAAAGUCUUGGAGGAGUCGCUUGUGGAGUCAAGGGAAGCUCUAGAGCUACUCAAGACAGAGAAGAUGGAACUCCAAGAAAAAUUAGAAUUCCUGGCAACUGAAAACACAGAACUGAAAAGCAAUAUUGUUAAAUUGGAAGCAGAUGUGAAGGUACUGCAAAAGUUUGAGCAGCAAAAAGAAAUUUUCGAAAGUGAGAUAAAGAAAAUUCAGCUUGAACUUGAGAAGGAAAAAUUAAACAAUGAAAAUUUAAAUGAGGAAAUUUCAGCCUUGCAGUUUCAGCUUAGCUCUGAGCAAAUUUUAAAGACAGAGCUUGUGCAGGCAAGCCAAUCAGAAACUCUAACAUCAGCAGAAUUAAAAACUCAGAUCUCUGAUCUAGAAAUAAUCAUUGAACAGCUUGAGACUAAAUGUAAAGCGCUACAAAAAUCUAAGGAAACAGAUUCUGAACAGAUAGAAGACAUACAAAAACAGUUAACUGUCAAACAAGAUGAGUGCGCUCAGCUAGACAGACAUCUGCAGCAGCUCCAGACAGUUUUAAAAGAAGAACAGCGCAAGCGCUCCAAGUUAGAAUCUGACCUGACGGCAUACGAAAAAGAUGUUAAAGAAAAAGAUGCAGAAAUCAAGAUGCUGCAGUCUGACAAUGAUCAAAUCAAGAAACAGAUUAUAAAGCUCACAAGAGAUAAAGAUAGUCUCUGGCAUAAAACAGAUCAGCUGGUCACUGAACAGAAAAGGAAAGUGGGUGAAAAGUGGCAGGACAACGCCAAAGUUUCCAACUGUACACUGUGCAAAACAGAGUUCUCAAUAUUUGUUAGGAGGGUAAAUUCACUUUCAAUAUUUUUCAAGCAAUAGUUGUUUUAAAAUGUGUAAUAGGAUUCCAAUAUUCUUUGUUUUGUUGCUAACAGUCACUGAGUAAAAAAGCCACAGUGCCUACUAUUUUUUACCUCACUAUGAUAUAACU